GCGCACGUGCUGUAUUCUUGUACUCGGUUAUAUAUCUGAAUCCGGGGGCCUUGAGCUUCAACCUGCGAAUAUUGUCGAUCAAAGCCUCAAAGCCAUUUGCUGCGGUUUUGACAAAUCGAAUUUUCAUUAGGUUCAAUGGAAAUAACUUAUGUCCCCUUUAGCAAAUGGUAGCAAAGCAGCAUGGGAUGGGAUAUUCAGUAGACGACCUUCCCGCAACAGCAACAUGGAUCAAGUGAUGCCCCAUAAGAUAAUUCUUAACCACAUGAAAGCAUUGUAGGGCACAGUGUAGCUUUGCAAGUUAAACGCUCUUCACAUGGCAUUUCAAUUUUGGUCUCAUCAGCUUGCAGUACUUCGGGUGCGCUAUAAUGGAGGAAGACAUGUUCACAUGCCACACCUGCUUUCCUCUGUAGCAUCAUUUUCUAUUGUAAUGUCUGGUGAUCCUUCAAAUUGCUACCAUGACGAAUUGUGUAAUAGUUAUAAAGUGAAGCAUCGCUGCCCUGCCGAUGAGAAAAACAUUCUCAAUGAACUCUCUGAUUUGUUGCCGAUAAGUUGGCCUAAUGCUGUUUCCGAUGUGUGUAAUGAUGAUUAUGUAAAGAACAAGAUGGGAAGUAGAGAGCAUCAUGGCUUCUUAUCCCCUGAAGAGAAAUUCCGGGGGGUUUUUCUUCAAAAGCUGAGGAGCAAAACUGCUGUGGAAUACGCUUUGACAAAUGUUCCUGCUUAUUUGAACAUUGACAUUGUUGCUAGAGUUGUGAAUCGAGGGAACUUAGGAGGCAAAGCUAUGACAAUGUUUUUCAACUGGGCGCUAAAACAGCCUACAAUUAGUGCGGACACUCAUAGCUAUAAUGUGAUUUUGAAAGCACUCGGAAGAAGGAAAUACUUUGGUUUUAUGGAGGAGAUGAUGUGUGAAAUGAAAUCGAAUGGUACAACUGCCACCUUAGAGACUCUUUCAAUUGUAAUGGACAGUUUUGUGCGUGCUCAUCGAGUGAACAAAGCAAUAGAACUUUUUGGCAAGCUGGAAGAGUUUGGAUUGGAGCGUGAUACAGAGUCUUUAAAUGUGCUUUUGCAAACGCUAUGCCAGCGCUCCCAUGUCGGUGCUGCCAACUCGCUUUUGAAUUCUGUGGUGGGGAAGGUACCAUUUGAUAUGACAACUUACAAUACAAUCAUAGGUGGGUGGUCAAGGAUGGGUAGAGUAGGUGACAUUGAAAAGAAUUUGGAGGCAAUGGCAGCAGAUGGAUUUGCACCGAAUUCUUCGACUUUUGGACAUCUUAUUCAGGGUUUGGGGAGAGCUGGUCAGAUUGAUGAUGCUGUCCAUAUUUUUGAUGGAUUGAAGGAGAAAGGUCAUGAUCUCGAUUUGAGUGUUUACAAUGCCAUGAUUUAUAAUUUUGCAAUCAUCGGGGAUUUUGAUGCAUGUAUCCAGUAUUAUAGGAGCAUGCUGAGUGAAAGAUGCAAUCCUGAUAUGGAUACAUACAAAAGUCUGAUCAACUCCUUUCUUAAGUUUCGAAAAGUGGCUGAUGCUCUGGAAAUGUUUGAUGAGAUGUUGAGUAGAGGGCUUGUUCCCACUACUGGGAUGGUAACCUCAUUUAUUGAACCUCUGUGUGGUUAUGGUCCACCUUAUGCUGCACUGAUGGUCUACAAGAAGGCAAGGAAAGCUGGAUGCAUGGUUUCUCUGAGAGCUUACAAGUUACUACUCAUGCGGCUUUCUAGAUUUGGUAAAUGUGGAAUGCUGUUGACUAUAUGGGAUGAAAUGCAAGAGGCUGGUCAUUUAUUGGAUGUGGAAGUUUAUGAGUACAUUGUCAAUGGACUCUGCAACAUAGGACAGCUGGCAAAUGCAGUACUUGUCAUGGAGGAGUGUCUGCGCAAGGGUUUUUGCCCUAGCAGGCGUAUUUAUAGCAAACUAAAUACUAAAUUAUUGGUUUCAAACAAUGUAGAGAAAGCUUACAAGCUGUUUUUGAAGAUUAAACAUGCACGCCUCCAUGAUAAUGCGAGAAGAUACUGGCGUGCUAAGGGAUGGCAUUUUUAAGUUUGCUCUUGGUUCUGGUGUGCCAGAACAUGAUUCUUUUUGCUUCUCAGGCAUAUUCUUGUCAAUGGGAAGGAGAUAAUUGU